AUGCACAUCAUGUAUGAAUUCAUGCUUCCAGUUGUCACAGGCCUUGGAAUUUUGGGCAACUGUGUUUCCAUCCUGGCUUUCCGACAGCCCGGAUUACGAAAGUCCUCUACCAGCGUGUACCUGAUAGCCAUGUUGGUUUCCGACACGGGUUUCUUGAUUACUCUCAUUUGGCCUUAUUUAGAAGCUAAAGGCAUUAACUUGACGAAGCAGCCCGGCUGGUGCCACGUCAUCGUGUAUUUGUCGUACGUCUCCGCUUUCCUAUCCGUGUGGUUUGUGGUUUGUAUCACCGUUGAGAGCUACAUUAUCAUUUGCCAUCCGACUCAAAUGAAAGCUCUGUGCACAGUGAAAAGGGCCAAGGUGGUCGUAGUGAUUUUGACAUCUGGUUCCUUGGUGGGGUAUUCCGCCACCGCCAUCUUAACGACAUCUGGGGAGCGAACGUGUCGCAACCACCACAACUACGAAGCGGUCUGGCGUGCAAUCACCUACUGCGACACAAUCAUCACGUUACUCGUUCCAUACAUCGUUCUCACAGUGCUUCUAACGUGCAUAACGUCCAAAGUGUUGAGAAGACUUCACCGGAGAAUUUCUCACAAACGACACAAGGGGACACACAGUGGUGCACAGAUAAACGAACGAGCGUGUACAGAUGAGCUGCCAAAUGAGCGGACAAAUAGACGAAGGAGAAAGUUGAAAGUGCCGCAAGUUCGCGUCGCCAAAAUGCUCUUCAUCCUCUCCACCACAGUUUUUUAUUAUGAGUGUGCCAAGCCACGUGACUCGCCUGAACCUCAUCGUUCAGAACAUGCUGGAGGUUACAUUGACAACCUCUAUCACAAAACAUUUUGUAAAUAA